UUCUAUAUUUGUUUAUAUUAUAUUGUAUACUGUCUACAGCUCAUUGCAUUGCCGAAGAAAGUGAAAAUAAUAUUUCGCUGUAAUCAGGAUGUUCAUCCUUAAGAAUAUAUUCAAAUUUAGAAUCUUUAAUUCCAACAAACGUUUCUUCUGUUCAAAGGAGAGUUUUUCCAGCAUUAGUCAAGUUGCGAAAUAUUUAUCUCCUCUUUUAGGAAUGAAUGAAAGCACAAUCUAUAAACAUUUAGUAAAAAACGAUAUACCAGUCAAUUUAGAGCCCAUGGAUAUUAAAAGAAAAAUAUGGUACUUUAGAUAUCUGAAUGCUUCGAAUGAGGACAUUCUUGAUCAUCUUGGUUUACUUAAGCAGCAUUUGAGUACGCUUGAGAACAGGGCUACGAUUUUGAGGGAAUGUGGCUUCGUUGAGGCACUAAAUCUGCUAACAGUUUCCAAAUAUUUAACUAUCGUUCGACGGCGCAUUAAGGAUUUAAAACUUCAACGAUGGCUUUCGCAAGACUUAAACAUGUACGAUCAGCUUAAAACCCAGUUUGAUUUCGAUAUCCGACCAAAUGUUAAAAACUGUGAUGAUCUAUGCUUGCAAUUUAUAAGAGAAGCUUUUUUAAAUGAAUAUCUCCGAAGACAUAUGAAGUUAACAGAGAAUGAGGUUAAAAAGCUGUGGAAAUGCUAUUCAAAAAUUAAACAUAGGAGUUUUGGCCAUACGCAGCGAAUCCUCGAUGUAUUGCAACAUGAGUAUAAUUUCAAAAGAGACAAAAUAAUUGCAAAUUUAUAUUUGCUGUAUGCUGAUCCAGAGAAUUUGCUUCGAUAUCUUGAAAUUAUUCCGUCAAUUGCUGGAUUAGACAUAAGAGAUGUAAUUAUUAAACGACCAAAACUAGCCAUGAUACAGUGUGAGAACGUACGAACAGUUUUGGAGCUUCUUCGCCAACACCAGAUUAAUGAAACUGAGAUACUGAAUUAUUCUAUGAUUCUUACAUUUUCUCCAGAUACAGUAAAAACCAGACUUGGUUUACUAUCUGAGGUUAAGGAAUUUAAUGUUCUUUCUAGUCACCCCAGAUUCCUUAAGUUAAUAACUUACCAACCGAAGGCAGUUAUACGGUUAGAUUUCCUACGCCAGUUGAAUGUUCGCUGUGCCUCGUUGAGUGUGCUCUCUGGAAGCUCUCAAAAUUUUGAAAAGUACGUCCGUGACGGCUGUGAUAAACUUAACAGUAAAGAUGUUUGUCAUUAUCUAAAUAAAAUUUUUGACCGACAAGAUAAUGAAGCGAUUAAAGAGUUAAAACGUCAUCCAAACUGGUAUCAUGUUCCGACAGUUCAGAUGGAAGAUACAUUUGAGUUUUUGAAGUCCGAAGGUUUCACAUCAGUGAAUAUUUUUGAAAACAUACAAAUUUUGUUGUAUCCAAAGUUACAAAUUGAACGAAGACUACAAAAGUUGUAUGAUUGCAAAAUGCAGAAAGAGCCGCACGAAGACUUUGGGUUGGAAUUAUCAAAUGUGGCGCCAGAAAAAAUUUUGUCCUUGUGUUUGUAUCUAAUCGAAUUGGACUUUCAUUUCACUGGCGAUGGAAUUUGGCCGGAAGAAAUUCAGCAGAGUGAUGCUACGACAAAUCAUUUUUUACCAAUGCCAGAAUCGUUGAGCAAGCAGUACAAAUUUGGAAUGAAACCAGCUAGAUCGGGUAGCAGUUAAUUGUACUGUAAACACAAAAUCGUAUAUCCGAAAGAUGUUGAGGAUAGAAGUAACUCAAACCAAAAGUCUUCUCUGAUAAUUAGCACAGGUUUUUGUCAGUAUCAAACAAAAAAAAACAUUGAAAUAAACUGACGAAUAACCAUCAGAUGAAAAACUUCGAAUAAGCUGUCAACUCUGUGACAGCUUUUUCGAAGUUUUUCAUCUUAUGACUAUGGUGGAAUUAAACCCGUAACUUUAGUUACAUUCAAUUAAAUAGAAAAAAAAAACUAAAAACAGAGCGACCGCGGCGACUUGAACUAAGAAUUAUUGGAUCACAAAAAGUACGUCCAUUAAUCGACUUAGCCACAAAAGCUCACAUUUGCUUGGCUGAUAAAUGGUACAUAUUUAUUUAUACAAUCGCACUUGCUAGCCAAAGGCAAAUUACAGUCGGAACCAAUAAAAUUAAUCCAGUCGGAACCAAUAAAUUCUAAUCCAACAUAAAGUCAUUACAAA